AUGGAUGUAGUCUAUUCCGGUGCACAUAAAGUAACUAAAAGAAGUUUAAUAUGCGUGGCAGAACUCGCUACCAGGAGUCAAAUUGAAUCGUCGUACCAAAUUCAAGACGAAAAUCAUCCGCACGUUCAGAAUUUCUUAGCUAUUAUCGAAAAUUUAUUCUACCAUGGAUUAAAAAGUGACAAUACUUUGGUUGGAAGGAAGAAACUCAGACACCCAUGGAAUUUGAUAUUUCAGCUGUCUGAAUUAACUAGUUGUGCUCAUACUUCGGCAGUGAAACUUCUUGAUCACCUUAAAACUGAUUAUUCAAAGUUGCGUGCGUGGAUUAAGCUCUCCGUCGUCAAGUGCUGUUUGCAUACAGCGAUGCUCGAUUUAGUUCGACAAGAGUGUAAAUUAGUAAAUUAUUAUCAUCAAGAUGCCAUUUUGCGCUCAGAAGAAAUCUUUGAUAUAAUUCACUGCCUUUCAGGACUAGAGAAUGUUCAGUUCAAUUUAGAUUUUAAAAGUGAAACUGUGAAUUAUCCUGAUAUUCCUCCUAUCGACUUUUCACCAUUCCUUUCAUUAAAACAAAGUCUAGAAACACAACUUAGUGGAAUUUGUGAAUGCCGAGAUAGUGAGAACACGAAUGAUCGAAAUAAAUGUGUAUGGCGACGUGGAUUUGAGAAGUUAAAACAAAACCACUUAUAUUACACUGAGCAACAGCAUUAUCAUGAAGAAUUAAUUCAACGGCAGUUUAUUCAAUUGGAUCAGCAAAGAGAACAGUUGAAACAGUAUAAAGAAACAACUACCAAUCUACAAAGUUAUAUUUUACAAUUACAAGUAGAGCUAACACUUAUUCAUGAACAAUAUGAACAAGAAUUAAAACGUCUCGGUGUCAAAGAACCAGAGUUAUCUGCUCCAACAUUUCGUAACAUUUCAAGUCAGUUUAGACAAAUCAGUGAUUAUAAUUACAAUAGUAAUGUAAAGGCCAUAAUCGCGCCACAUUUAAAUGCCUUAAGAAUAAGUACUCAUAACUCCUGUGUUAAUAACGCCGGUACCAAUCUUCAGAUUCCUUCAAUUUUGUCAGUUGAUCAAGGUGUUGAUGCCCUCAGCUUAGAGUAUUCUUCAAAUCCCGAUGAAAGUAGUCAUCAGGCAUCGACUGUCGGCUAUGAUCCCGGUGAAUCGAAACGUUAUCGUUCAGUUAGAUUUUCGGGAUCCAGUUUAAAGGUAGAUCAAGAUGUAAAUGUACCAGUUUUACUUGAAAGAAAAGUUGAUUCAAAACGUCUACCGAUGCCAAUACGAGCACGUUCUAGUUCUCCAAGUAGUAGUAGUAGCCUGUACAGUUCAACAAAUGGGUCAUCAAUUAAACAAGAAUCCAAGAGAAUAAGAAGUCAAUUUAGGUCCAGUAUUCUUACUCGAAUUCGUGGUCAAAAACCAGGUGUUUCUGUCAAUAUUCAAGAAAUACCGACUGAACGUUUUAUCCUACCGGAUAAUUCUCAUUCAGCUUCACCUCCGCAUGGUUCGCCUAAAACACUUGACAAUAUGACGGUGACUGUUAAGCCAAGAAGUCAUAACUUAUUCUCUUAUUAUGUGCCCACAAUGUCUACAAAUGAUGUAGAAGGUAUUAUUCGACAUGUUGAUAGUCUUAUGAAUCCUCAGGCUGCUGCGAACACAACAGUAUCAACGCAAAUAACAACGACAACUACAGUAACAACUGCAACCACAUCAGACCCAAAAACAAAUAACACUAUUGAUCGUGAUCAGGUCAUCACUGAUAAUCAAAAUGAUGAGAAAAGUCUUUGUCUGAGCACUAUUCAACUUGAAUCAGGUUUACUGGAUUCUCUAACAAGCAGUGAAAUUAUAGAGACUUCAUCGGAAUAUAAUUCACGCGAAAGGUUACAUUCCACUCGAGAAUAUUAUCAGCUAACUUCAGAAGAAGAUUUAGAAAGUGACAAUUCUUCCAAACAGUUUGAUAAUGAUUAUCAUGAGAAAAAAGUUAGAGUUGACGAUAAUGUCGAUAGUGAAAUUAAGAAAUCAGAAAAUGUUGAACAAAACACCUUAGAUUCAGUAAUGAAAAAUAUAGAGACUAAUCAUACUGCUGUGAUGCUCGACAGGGAACAGCGUUCUAUUAAAGAGAAUAUUUAA